ACAGCUGUCUGUGCGGGUCGCUACAUUAUUGCCAAUCCAAUUUCAAGGAGGCAAAUUUUGGCUACUUCUAAUUUAUGUUUUAUUGCACGUUAUUAAAAUAAAAAUAUAUUCUGUCCAGGCUCCUUGCCCCCAUUUCACGCUCCUGACGGCUGCGAUGGGGUGGGAGAUCAAGAAACCGGAAGUAAACGUCAUUGACACAGGAAUGGGACAGAAAAAAAACAUCAUGGGGAGAAUGUCAAAUAUAUUUUUGUAAAAACUCAACGUUUCUACUCAAGAAAAGGAUGAUUCAUUUUGUGCAGGGUGGAAUAGCGGCAUCGAAAAGGGCACUGCCUGCGUAGCACGUAGCUAAAUGGAGUCGGAGCAGCUCUUCAACAGGAAGGGCUACUACAGGAACAGCUACAACAGCAUUGCCAGUGCCAGCAGCGACGAGGAGCUACUGGAUGGCGCCGGAGUCGUCAUGGACUUCCACACCUCCGAGGACGACAACCUUCUGGACGGAGACGCCACCUCCCCAGGAUCUAACUACGUCAUGUCUAACGGGGGCGGGGUGAUGAGUAGCACCACCCACCUGCUGGACUUCCUGGAGGAGCCCAUCCCGGGGGUCGGCACCUAUGAUGACUUCCACACCAUCGACUGGGUCCGGGAGAAGUGCAAGGACCGGGAACGCCACCGCAAGAUCAAUGCUAAGAAGAAGGAAUCAGCUUGGGAGUUUACCAAGAGCCUGUAUGAUGCCUGGUCUGGGUGGCUGGUGGUGACGCUGACAGGGCUGGCCUCAGGUGCUCUGGCUGGUCUAAUCGACAUCGCUGCUGAUUGGCUGAACGACAUCAAGGAGGGUGUGUGUCUGAAUGCCAUGUGGUUCAACCACGAGCAGUGCUGCUGGGGCUCCAACGAGACCACGUUCGCUGAGAGGGACAAGUGUCCUCAGUGGAAGAGCUGGGCGGGGCUCAUCCUGGGCCAGGAAGAGGGCCCUGGUUCCUACAUCAUGAACUACUUCAUGUACAUCUACUGGGCUUUGUCCUUCGCCUUCCUGGCCGUGUUACUGGUCAAGGUGUUCGCCCCUUACGCCUGUGGCUCCGGUAUACCUGAGAUAAAGACCAUUCUCAGUGGGUUCAUCAUCCGGGGUUACCUGGGGAAGUGGACCCUGCUGAUCAAGACGGUGACCCUGGUGCUGGCUGUAGCGUCUGGGCUGAGCCUGGGGAAGGAGGGACCCUUGGUCCACGUGGCCUGCUGUUGUGGAAACAUUUUCUCAUAUCUCUUCCCCAAGUACAGUAAGAACGAGGCCAAAAAGCGAGAGGUCCUAUCUGCAGCGUCAGCGGCUGGGGUGUCUGUCGCUUUCGGUGCUCCCAUAGGAGGAGUACUCUUCAGCUUGGAGGAGGUGAGCUACUACUUCCCUCUGAAGACCCUGUGGCGCUCCUUCUUCGCUGCAUUGGUGGCAGCCUUCGUCCUCCGCUCCAUCAACCCGUUUGGCAACAGCCGUCUGGUCCUGUUCUACGUGGAGUACCACACCCCCUGGUACCUGUUUGAGCUUAUCCCCUUCAUCCUGCUGGGGGUGUUUGGAGGCCUCUGGGGGGCCUUCUUCAUCAAGGCCAACAUCGCCUGGUGCCGAAGGAGGAAAUCCACCCGCUUCGGGAAGUACCCCAUCCUGGAGGUGAUCUUCGUGGCGGCCAUUACCGCGGUCGUGGCGUUCCCCAACCCGUACACGCGGCAGAACACCAGCGAGCUGAUUAAAGAGUUGUUUACCGACUGCGGACCCUUGGAGUCGUCCCAGCUGUGCCAGUACAGGAGUCAGAUGAACGGGAGCAAGGCGUUUGUGGACGCGUCUCCCAACAAGCCGGCGGGACCCGGGGUGUACGCAGCCAUUUGGCAGCUGUGCCUGGCGCUCAUCUUCAAGAUCAUCAUGACCAUCUUCACCUUCGGACUUAAGGUUCCUGCUGGCCUGUUCAUCCCCAGUAUGGCCAUCGGGGCGAUCGCCGGGCGUAUCGUUGGCAUCGCCGUGGAGCAGCUGGCGUACUACCACCACGACUGGUUAGUGUUCAGGGAGUGGUGCGAGGUAGGCACCGACUGCAUCACCCCGGGACUCUAUGCCAUGGUGGGGGCCGCCGCAUGUCUGGGUGGUGUCACGCGGAUGACCGUGUCUCUCGUGGUCAUCGUGUUUGAGCUGACGGGCGGCCUGGAGUACAUCGUGCCACUCAUGGCCGCCGUCAUGACCAGCAAGUGGGUGGGCGACGCCUUUGGGCGCGAGGGCAUCUACGAAUCACACAUCCGCCUGAACGGGUACCCCUUCCUCGACGCCAAGGAGGAGUUCACACACACCACGCUGGCGCGGGAGGUGAUGCGGCCGCGGCGUAGUGAUCCACCGUUAGCGGUGCUGACGCAGGACGACCUGACAGUGGAGGAACUACAGGGGAUCAUCAACGAGACCAGCUACAACGGCUUCCCUGUCAUCGUCUCCAAGGAGUCCCAGAGACUGGUUGGCUUCGCUCUGCGCAGGGACAUCACCAUCGCUAUAGAGAACGCACGGCGGAAGCAGGAGGGUAUCCUGCUGACGUCGCGGGUCUACUUCACGCAGCACGCCCCUACGCUGCCCGCCGACAGCCCGCGGCCCCUCAAGCUGCGCUCCAUCCUGGACAUGAGCCCCUUCACCGUGACCGACCACACGCCCAUGGAGAUCGUGGUGGACAUCUUCCGCAAGCUGGGCCUCCGCCAGUGUCUGGUGACACACAACGGGAUUGUAUUGGGCGUCAUCACUAAGAAGAAUAUAUUAGAGCAUCUGGAGGAGCUCAAGGAACACACGGAGCCCCUGGCGUCUCCUUGGUAUUAUCACAAAAAAAGAUAUCCUUCGUCAUAUGGCCCAGAUGGCCAACCAAGACCCCGACAACAUAAUGUUCAACUAGUCACCGCCUUCCCGGGUCGUCAAGCUGACGAGGAGGAAAGCGAGGAGGAGGUGGUAAACCUACUGGACGGCCGCGGCUCCACCCUAUGACGCACAGCCCACCCCCUCUGGGACACACCACCCCAAAUCCACCUCAAUACUAAACCAGACUGACUGAACCCAAUAGAGCCCUCUAGAGGCCACAGGAAGGAAGAGACAAACAGACUCUAAAAGGACUUUAAAAAUGGCUGCUGUGAGGGACGUUUUGGUCCCUAGGUAGCAGCUACUAUAGGCUGGGGUAUAUAUACACAAGGAAUGCAAUUUUAACACGCACCUCCAUUUACAUACAGAAACAUACAUACAUGAGAUCAGACUCACUCAGAUGCCACACAAGCAUGCCACUAGCCGAAUUGCACCUCCUUCAAACAUACACUCUUCAUGCUCCUUCGUCCUUGUCCUGUUUCUAUUGGCUCACGCUGGCGUACAUUGCUGUGAGCCUGAAGCCUGGCUACCGAGGCAAGAGGUCAGAAUGAUCCGCUAGAAUGCGAGGAGGGACCUUCAGACACCUCGACUGCUGAUUGGCUGUCAGCCCUGCCAGGCUCCACCCCCACUGUGUCCCUCCCACCCCCGUCCGUCCUCAAAAGCAUUGUUUACCUGUGAACUCUCUUUGAGCGAGAGAAUGCAUGUGUGCGUUUCACCUCCACGUUCCAAUCAGGUUGUCAUAGUAACCUGAAACAACACUCUCCCACCCUCCCCCCUAAAGGCAUCCGCCUGAUAUUAGACUGGGCGUUGCUCCAAGGUGUAUGUAUGUGUGGGUGUGUGUGUGUGUGAGAGAGGAAGGAAGAUCAAGGGUACAAGCAGGAUGUACUGGAGUAGUUAGUUAAUGUCUGAGUGUUGUAGUUCAAGAACAAAAUGUCUCUUUCUGAUGUAUGUGAAAACAUUCUGUACAGAAGAGUCCGAUACUCAUCGGUUACAUAUACCCCCUGUUGAAGUAAAGGGUGAAUAACUGUGUGUGCGCGCAUGUGCGUACCUUUUUGAUCUGAGCCAGGUAGGCAAUAUGCCAUAGAGGUGUGUGCGCAUAAGUAUCAGAUGAGAAAAGACUUGUCUGUUUCUCCGACAUUGAAGGUGGGCAUAUCAAAAAAAAAUAGGAACAUUAACUCAAGGUUGCGUUCUGUUACUGGAGAAAAAAAUGUAUCCUUUUUUCUUUUCAAACUAUUACUAAUGCAACUACUUUUAGAGUAUUGAUAUAUACAUAAUCAAGUAACUUUUUACGGCUUGUAAUGAAACAAAGUCAAGACUGGAAAACCACUUUUUUUUAAAGUGAACAAAAUAAAUGGAUGAUUAUGAGGAUGUUGAUGGUAAUACUGCACAGUAACCAUGUCUUAGAUAUUUUACUUUGCUUAAUUAAGCUGCCUCAUGGUGUGAGAAAUGUGUCUUGUAUUUUCCACUGGAGCUUAAUCUUUUCUUGCAUAUCUCCUCCUCUGCCUAGUUGUCAGGUUCAACAUGAAAUCUUCUUCGCAUUUGUAGAUUUAAAACAUGAUUUGAAAGGACUGAAAUAGGAGGUACAUUUCAUACAACACUCAAAUGACCAUACCACGUUUUUUGGAGGUGUGCCAGUAACUCCUUUAAACUUCAAUAAAGUCUCUUGUAUAUUUUACUUGGGGAUAUGUAGAAGCGCACAGUACACAAAAGGAAAAAGUUUUGAACCCUCCAUGUGUAAACCUAGACUCAUGGAAAAAAUAAUAUAGGAUCGUAUAUCUGAUUCACCCUUUUAAUGUGUGGUUCACCACAGGAAGCAGCGACCUCAAUGCGCGCGCCAGUCAAAGGAGUCCUCUCUCUGGCUUUGUUUCAAUGACAAGAUGCAUAGAGUAGCACCUUAGCGAAGGCUAUGGCUGUGUCCCAAAUGGCACCCUUUUCUCUAUAUAGUGCAAUAUAUAGGGAAAAGGGUGCCAUUUGAGGCACACAUUAAAGCGUGUGUAGGCAAGUGGUGACUACAUGUUUCUCUCUAUUACAUUGAUAGUUUUAGGUCAUUCAUUAGCCACCAAACAUAAUAAAACAAACAGGGAGGGACUUGGUCCAAUAAGAAACUGAUAUUUUCCGUUGCCAAAUGUUUUUAAAACGUUUUCCAUUGCGUGCCCUAAUGCAGGGUUUCCCAAACUCGGUCCUGGGUGCACAUUUAGUUUUUUGCCCUAGCACUACACAGCUGUUUCAAAUAACCAACUCAUCAAGCGUUGAUUAUUUUGAAUCACCUGUGUCGAGCGAGGGCAAAGACAAAAUGUGCACCCAGGGUGGGCCUCCGGACCGAGUUUGGGAAACCCUGCCCUAAUGGAUUCAACCCUGCUGUUGGUUGACGAGCGCAUCGUCCUUGUUAACCCAUGUGGUGUCACCAAACACUUAUUUUCAUAACUUCAUACUGAUCAAUGUUUUUCCUUUUAUUUAUGGUAGUUAGUUGUACAUUAAUUGUAUGAUGGUUUGAUUGUACAUUUAAAACAAUAUGUAAAAGUUAAUUGUUUUAAAUUAAAAUUUGAAAAUUGCAAAAA